CAUAUAAGUAAAUAAUCAAAGCAAUUACCAUGAGCGUUCUAGGCGAAAAGAGUCAACUCACCCUCAUUUCGAUAGCAGAAACGGCUAAAUUCUAUACGUCAUUAUGUCUCGGAACCACGGCUUUUUUGUCUGUCUUCGCUUUUUUGUUUUUGAUACCGUUCGUCGUCGAUCCAGCAAUAACUAGUUUAAUGGCCGACUACGAACCCGAUCCGGUCACCUGUAUGGCGACACAGCACAUCUACGCCGAGGGCAUAUCUAACUGCUCAUGGUCCUCGUGUCGGGAAGGUUGCACGCGAGAGGCCACCAGAUGUCAUCAGAUAUACGUCAAUUACUCGAAAUUGCCCUUCUCCCAGUACCGAUCAUCGAUAGUGGUGCGCUGGGAUGUCGCAGAUACCCGACUUCUGAUCAACACAGAGGGCUGCGGCUACCCGCCCUCCGUGAACUGUUCGGAAUUCGCCCGUCAGUACGGAUACCAGACCGCCGGUACCCCGUUUCCGUGUUACUAUAGUAGAGUUUAUCCUGAGAUGCAAGUAGUCGCUAGAUAUUCAUGGGAUGACACCCUUCGACAUUUGAUUCUGUCCAUCACCAUUCCGAAUCUAUUGUUCGCCGCCUCCAUUGGAGUUUUGAGCUACUGGUAUUGCCCCGGAUGUGGUAGAUCUUGCCAGAAGUACAUGCAUCAUUUUCCUGCAGAAGAGGAAGAUUUCGACGAGAACACGUACUAGCACGGAUACUCGAAAUAUCUCCACGCCAUGCUUUUUCAGCUGUUUAUUCAAAAAUUGUUGAUAUAUCACUUCAUCCUCUCUCACAAUAUUUGAUAAGUUGAAGUCAAAUGGUUAUCGGCUUGAAAAUUAUUGAAUAUUAUUCGAAAUCGUGAAUUAAUAAACUUUAGUACAAAUAUGAAAACAUUGAUCUUGAAUCUUGAUUGUAUCAUAUAUAUUAUGAUUGAUAGGUACGUAAUUAUAACGAUCUGUAAAUAUAUUAGUAUUGUUAAAAUUGACAGUUUGCCCAAUAAUUGAUAUGCAGUUUU